AUGAAACCACCUAGUUAUCAUGAGGUGAAAGUUCCUUUGCUUGGGAAGGAAUUGGAUAAUACCAAUGCUUUAAUGAAUGACCAUAGGGAGGAGUGGUCAAAAUUUGGAUGCUCAUUAAUGGCAGAUGGGUGGACAGACAAGAGAGGGAGAACAUUGCUUAAUUUCCUAGUAAAUAGUCCAAGGGGAACCAUGUUUAUUGAGUCGAUAGAUACUUCUUCUUUUUCAAAGGAUGGUGAUAAGAUGUUUGACUUACUUAAUAAAUUUGUGAACCGCAUUGGAAUAGCAAAUGUCGUCCAAGUCGUCACAAAUAGUGAGUCAAGCAAUAAGUAUGCCGGGAGGAUGUUAGAGAAAGAACACCCACAUUUGUAUUGGACCCCAUGUGCUGCUCAUUGCUUAGACUUGAUGUUGGAAGACAUUGGGAAAAUACCGUCCAUCUCUAGAACAAUGCAGAGGGCAGUGGAGUUGAAUAGUUAUAUUUAUAUGCGACCAAAGUUGUUGAACAUUAUGAGGAACUUUACUCACAAAAAGGAGUUGCUUAGGCCUGCUAAGACUCGAUUUGCUACAUGUUUAAUCACAUUAUCAAGUAUUCACAAGCAAAAGAAUAACUUGAGAAAGAUGUUUACUUCAGAAGAAUGGAAUCAUAGUAAAUGGGCGAAAGAGGAAGCCGGUUAUUAUUUGAACCCAGAAUACUUUUAUUCAAAUUCGAAAAUUGAAGAAGAUGAAGAGAUUGCAAAGGGUUUGUAUGCAUGCAUUGCAAGGUUAGUCCCGGAUGUCAAAGAUCAAGACAAAAUUACUGAGGAGCUGUCCUUAUAUUCUAAAGCUGAGGGCCUCUUUGGUAAUCCCUUUGCUAUUAGACAGAGAAGUACACGAGGACCAGCGAAUUGGUGGGAAGCUUAUGGCAAGUCAACAAAACUUCUCCAAAAGUUUGCUAUAAAGCUUCAUAACAAGAAAAGAAAUAGGCUCGCUCAAACAACGUUGAAUGAUUUAGUGUUCAUUAAAUAUAAUAGAGCAUUGAGGCGUCGAUAUAAUAUGCGUGACACUCUUGAUCCCAUUUUACUCGAUGACAUUGAUGAGAGCAACGAGUGGUUGACGGGGAAGAUGGAUGAUUCUGAUGCAGAACAUGAUCUAGUCUAUGAAGAUGAUUCCUUGACAUGGGGUGAUGUUGCUAAUUUUGCUGGUAUUGGAGAGGCAAGCAGGCCGCAACGGUCUACUAGAUCAAAAUAUAGUUAUAGUUCACGGUUACCAACAAAGGGAGCAGGAAGUUCUUCAGUUCGACUUGUGGAUGAGGAUGAGGAUGAUUCAGAUGAGAUAGAAGAGAAUCCUGAGAAUUAUGAAUCAUUUAGUGACGAUCAAAAUGAUGUUAUGCUUAUUGAUGACGAGGAUGAUAUUUAA